CCCUAGACUGCGAGCAGCCGCGGAGAGCGCUUCGGCUACGGGACACGAGAAGAGUGUGAAAAGUCGGAAGAUUGUGUUCUGGUGAAAAGAAAAGAUGAUGUCGGAUGUUUGUAACCGAAUCCACGACGGCCUUGCGAGAUGAACAAUGAGAGAAUUAAUUAGAGUGGAUCGUUGGGCUGGAGAAGCGUGACGGUUGAAGUCGUGUCUGCGUGUGGCUGGGUCGGUGGACUCUCCAGCCUGCGUGGAGCGGGUGUCUCCUUUCCUGCCAUUCUUCUCCGCGCCUGUGCGCUUCCUGCUCCGACUGACCACAGCAAUCGGCUCGAAGCACCGAGAACGCCAAUGCACGACGGAAUAGACUUUCUUUCUCCAUCCGCGGCGUUUUAAAAUCGUGAAGUCGCUUUGCCGACAUACUUGUGUGUGUGUGUGUGUGUGGUGUUGUUUUUUGUUUGUUUGUUUGUUUGUUUGUUUGAUUUGUUGAGCCUACAUUUGGUUUCGUUUGCGCGCCUCCGGGAUACUCAGCAAACCCAUGGUUGUUUCGGUCGGUGCUCGCGCUGUGUCCGCGCGGCAGGGGCGCUGCGUUUGGGUGCGCGAGGCGGAAUCUUCUGCGCGACGAUGUUCCCCCCUGAGCAGGCGCUGAAGCCGCCGCGCGGACCGCACUCAGCCUGUUAGGGGUGAUUACACUGGCAUCGAGUCCUCGCGCCUAACGCCCGCGUGCGCUUUCAUGGGAACGCACGCACUCCAUGUCUGCUCGUGCUCGGUGUUUCUGCAGGAGCCCUCCGAGUGACCAUGGCUGCGUGAUUUUGCGCGUGGCCUUGGAGCAGCGUACACUGGUCCCCGAUGAGCCUCACGCGCAGGCUGGCACGGGAGACGGGGGCCGGAAAGUGCUCGUUUGUACUUUACUUUCGACAUCCCGCCGAUUCGAAGCCUUUCGUGACCCUCGCGUGAAGCUCUAUGGAGCCGCUGAAGAACAUAUUCACGCGCAGCCCCCUGUCGCCGUGGAAGAGCCUCGAGCAGCCUCAGGAAGGAAGCUUCACCAACCCGGUGUGGACUGCCCUGUUCGAUUACGAGGCCUCGGGAAAAGACGAGCUCACUCUACGGAAAGGAGACGUGGUGGAGGUUCUGUCUCUGGACUCUGAGAUAUCCGGAGACGAGGGCUGGUGGGCGGGCAAGGUUAACAACAAAGUGGGCAUCUUCCCCUCCAACUACGUCUCGCUGAAGCCGGGCGCUGGCAGAGUUCGGGAGCUCGGUUCCCCUGUCGGUCUGCAGCUCGAGCCGGAGGUGGUGGAUUUUCGGGAGCUGAAGCUGGAGGAGGUGAUCGGCGUAGGCGGGUUCGGGAAGGUUUACCGCGGCACUUGGCGAGGGGAUCUCGUGGCGGUGAAAGCCGCCCGUCAAGACCCGGACGAGGAUAUUAGUGUCACAGCUCAGAACGUCCGGAACGAGGCGCGGCUCUUUGCCAUGCUCACGCAUCCCAACAUUAUCGCGCUCAAAGGGGUUUGUUUGCAGGAACCAAACUUGUGUCUUAUUAUGGAGUAUGCGUCAGGUGGCCCGCUGAGCCGCGCGCUGGCCGGCAGACGCAUCCCGCCGCACGUUCUCGUCAACUGGGCCGUGCAGAUCGCGAGGGGCAUGCUGUAUCUGCACAGUGAGGCGAUUGUUCCGGUUAUUCACCGCGACCUGAAGUCAAACAAUAUCCUGCUGGCUGAGCCAAUAGAGAAGGAUGGGAUAGAGGGGAAGACUCUUAAGAUCACGGAUUUUGGCCUGGCGCGAGAGUGGCACAAGACCACCAAGAUGAGCACAGCGGGAACCUAUGCCUGGAUGGCCCCUGAGGUCAUCAAGUCCUCCACCUUCUCCAAGGGCAGCGACGUAUGGAGCUAUGGGGUGUUGCUGUGGGAGCUGCUGACCGGUGAGGCUCCAUACCGAGGGAUAGACGGACUCGCUGUGGCCUACGGCGUUGCAGUUAACAAGCUGACCCUACCCAUCCCCUCCACCUGUCCAGAACCUUUCGCCCAACUCAUGUCAGAGUGUUGGGACCAGGACCCCCACCGCAGGCCGAGCUUCGCCUCCAUCUUGACUCAGCUGUGUGCCCUGGAACAGCAGGUGAUGGAGCAGAUGCCCCAGGACUCCUUCCACUCACUGCAGGAGGACUGGAAACUGGAGAUCCAGGACAUGUUCGAUGAGCUCCGCGCCAAGGAGAAGGAGUUGCGCUGCCGUGAGGAGGAGCUGAAACGUGCUGCUCUGGAGCAGAAGUCUCACGAGGAGUUCCUGCGUCUGCGUGAGCAGCAGCUUGCGCAGUGGGAGCAGGAUGUGUUUGAGAGGGAGCUCUCUCUACUCAUACAGCACCUCAACCACAACCAGGAGAAACCCAACGUCAAGAAGCGCAAAGGCACCUUCAAGAAGCACAAAUUGAAGGGCAAGAAUGGAGAGAAAAUUAGCAUGCCACAGGAUUUCAUCCAUAAGAUCACAGUGCAGGCAUCUCCUGGCUUGGAGAAGAGACGCAACUCUCCUGAUCUGGGUUCUGGAACCUCACCUUCCAUUGGCCCCCGUUUCCGUGCCAUCCAGUUGAGUCCCAGUGAGAGUAAGUGGAGUUCUGUGUGGCCUCUGGAGUCGCUCCCUCUGAAGCAGGCCAAUGGAGAGCGGAGGCUCGCCUCACACUGGAGCCCCAAAAGCCCCAAAGUACAGCGUCUUAGUUCACAGGAGAGCAGUCUGUUAAUGAGAGCUAAGCUACUGGAGGUAGACAGCAACGAGAACGGAGAAUCCAGAGAAGACUUUGUGGAGUACAGACCCACCACGCCAGAGCCAAGCCUGCCUGACCCUGCCUCGGUGAAGGAGUCUUCCUGGACGGCUCUCCCAGAAGAGGACUCGGGUAGUGAGGAGGGAGGCUUUUUUUCCCGCAGUUCCCCUCACCCAGACAGUCGCGCUGCGCUUCCUGUCCCAGCUAAGUGCACUCACCAGGCCCUUCUCAGCAGCGCCGCCCUUCUGGCCUCUGUCGCUCUGGGACGCCAUCUGGAACCUCAUCGCCCACCAACACCCCCUCCUCGAGCGCCCCCCAGGACUAACCAUCCUACUCUGGAGCCAGAGCGAGAGCGCCCCCAGGUGGAUGUCGAGAACUUCCCCACGGAACCCGCCGUGGUCGGGGACCUUAUAACGUUCAGUACAGACUCUCUGCCCCGAGGUCUUUUUGAUGCCCCUCUGAAACCCCCCGAGAUUAAGCCCUUGCCCCUGACUCCUCCGCCUCCAAACCCCAGAGAGAGAGAGAGGUCGGGUCGAAGGACCCCCCUGCACGGCUCAGCAGAGUGGAUCACUCAGGCUAACGGAGAAACAGAAAACGCAGGAACCGAGGAGACGAGUCAAACUGGAGACAGAAGGAGAAGAUCCAGUCACAGAUUUACCUCACAUCUAGUGUUGGAUCUGCCACUGUGCCAAGACACGAUGGAAGCAGAUGACAAAUCUCCCACCCCGUUCGCCCUGUACCCAGACCCUCGUCUUUGGAGCCCCAAAACACGGCGCCUGGAGGUCAACAUCAUUCCGCGACCCCGGCCGUCCCCCGUCCGUCCUCGGAUUGACCCCUGGAGUUUCAUAUCCGCUGGCGGGACAGAAAAACCAGCCUUGCGGCACACCCUGUCAGCGAGCAGUUCCACAAGCCCGCGACUCGGUUACCAGCCAUCACCCACUAACCCCUUCACGAACUGCGACCCCUUCCCAUCUCCCGACUGUGACCCCUUCAGUCUCAAAGCUGACCCUCCAGUUAACACUGACCUCUCCUCACCCUUUGACCCCUUCUCCCCCCCCUUCCCAACUUCCCGUUCUGCGCCCUGCUCCACGAAUGGGAGCCCAAACCUUUCUGUCAGGGUCGAUCCGCUGAACCCGGCCGACUCCCCGCUCUUCGACCUUGGUUGGGCGGCAUUCACCAAGCCCCCGGCUCUCGCCAAAGAAAAGGUUCGCCCCAGGAGGACUCUGGGACUCAGUCCCUUCAGGUCACCAGCGCAGCUCAGAGACGACAGGUUCUAAAGGCGAAAGCUGUGCUGUCACCUGCCAAAAACAGGUCAGAUUCGGACAGCAUGAGCCACAGGAACUGCUCUGUGUAUCGGGCGCUCCGGGAGACUUUGGGUCCCUUUAAAAGGAGGGAAAAUGCACAGUCAUUUCACUAGAUUUCACUAGAUUACAGAAAGUUCCCCAGAAAGUGCAUUUUUCCAUUCUUACAUUGUUGGCUUAGAAAGAAGGGAAGCCAAUGAAUUGUGUGGUUUGUCAUGAUGUGUGUGCGCACCUACAAUCAACAGGCAACAACAUUCCAAACAGGAUUUCCCUCCAACCUAAUUAGCAUUGUGACUCUGGAAAACUGGGAAAUAUGCAUUUUUAUUUUUGUUCCUGUGAAUCCUAGAAAUAUUUGCAAUACGCAUUCAUUGUGUUAGGUUUUAAGUGACUGUUCUUUGAUUACCGCUCAUGGGAGAAGUUCAGCCAAAACUGCUAAUGAUGAUGAUAACAGUUAAUGAAAGCCAAAAGGGUGUGGAAACGAACAGCUAGCUUGGUCCUAUCUGUUAACAUUUCUAUCUAUAUUCUCUAGGCUUCAUUUACUGUUAGGUGUAUUAGCAUGUGAGGCUGAGAGCCAUUCCGUAGAUGAGUGGCACCUAAAGGUGAGUUCAGCAGGUUUACUUUAUAUUGAGCAGACUUGUUUGCCUGUGUUAACUCGUACUUUUAAGGCAAGAGACAUCAUCCGGACCUUGUCGCGGUCAUCCAGCCAGAGUCUGCAGAACCUUCUUUCAGCCUUGGAUUUAGAUAUGCUAUGUUGGCAAGAACAUGAGAUGCAUUGUUUUUCACAGAGGCGCAGGUAAUAAUCUAGGAAUGUUCCGGAAGCCUACUGCAACGUUCCGCAUGCAAAGGAACAUUCUGCAAGGAGGAACAAAAUCAGACUUGCUAAAUGUUCCACACACGUGCCAAAGAGCAGGGCAAACAAAGGCCAGCUCCACUGUAGCAGGAAGUACAGGCCAUCAUGCAGUACAGGCCCUUCACAUUCCCAGUCUAGCCCAGCCUAUUUUAUUAUAUCAGCAACGUUAGUGGGAAUAAUUUCAUACGUAUUUUUGUUAGGUAGAAAGUAACUUUGAUAGAGUUGUGGAACACCCACCCAUCUUAAGACAGCCAUUGUUGUAUUUCAGUAGCUGAUUGGUUGUAUCGCUUCUGCAAAACGUUCAGUGCUUGAAUAGUUGUGGUUUUGUGAUUCUCAUAAGCACUUUAGACAGACUAUGCAAACUAGAGAAGUGUUGUCAUGGAGAGUGUUUCCUGAGAUAAUUCAUUUACGUUCCAGCAUAAACAAACACCACAAUGGUGUUAAACAAACACCACAAUGGUCUAUUUGUCAUUGUGACUAAUUCUCUUGACUUGAACUCUUAAUUAAUGUUUUAAGGAUAUAUUGAAAAAAGAAAAAAAUGUAGCUGGAUCGCCUCUGCCAGACGUACUGCUUGUAAUUAGAAAGCUUUUGAACUGCUGACUAGCAUGUGUCUGGGUACAUGGGACCCUGUACCCCCAUCCUGACUCAUGCGCAUAUACUGGACUGAACAAGGUUCUUGUCUUUAACUGUUUUCAUGUCUUCUAACCAUGAAAUCCCUUCACAAGCCCAUCUUAGCUGUUGAAAUAUUGGGAUAUUGUCCCAUAUCUCAGUGAUGUAGUGAGAAAUGUGGACCCUAUGCGAUAAACAAUCCUUCCAACACUCAAAUUAAGUCUCUCACACUCAUACUUACUAUCCUAAUACCCCGGCUAAUGACAGAUGGGUGUUAAUAUAUAUCUAUAUAUUGCCAUAUCCUAUCGUUGCUGUGUACCACUAACAAACUACAUAGCAAAAUUAGAUGUCAUCAAUAGAAGGUUUUUUGUUCAUGUAUUUUUACAAUUUGUACAUUAUAGCAGUCAUAAACAUCAGACAGCUAAAACAAAGACAAAUGAUGGACUUCACGGCAGUGGUAGCUCAGCCGUUAAGGUACCUGACUUGUAAUCGGAA